AUGAAACUGGAACAUUGGUGGAAUUAUGAGGAAGGCGUGGCAGGAGAGCUGCAAACCAACCGGGAAGAUCCGUGGGCCGACGAGACACAACUCGGACUGGGUCUUCGACUCGCAGGGGCCAGGGAGAUCCGGGAGUCUUCCAUUGUGCGCGCCCCUCCGCUCCCUCCGCUCCCUCCCCUCCCGUCCCCUCCCCUCCCUUCCCCGCCCCCGCCGGAGUCCGAGCCCGAGCCCUCGCAGCUCCGGGCCGCAGCGCCCGUCGCCGUCAGUACCUCUCAUUUGCCCAAGUGGUUACCAGUAACUCAAGAACUGAGCUUCCAAAAAUUUAUUGAACAGUCUGACUUACUAGAAGAACUUAAAUAUGACUUCAAUGAAAAAGCUGAAUUGAGACACAUUGAGACGCAUAGGCCUUUCAUCUUUAACUAUUAUAAAAAUGUCCUGGAGAGGAAUAGCAAGCGCUACCAGGCCCUGGGCCAUUUGCUUGAACAAUACAUUUAUGUACUUUUGGAGAAAGUGUGCAAAUUACAAAGAGUAUAUAUCCCACUAGAGGCAAAUAAGGAACCAAGAAGCUUCUUUUUCAUGAGUGAGAGAGCAUUAACAGAUCAUCAUUCUGCUCUUCUUGUCCUUCUUCAAGAUCAUGGGGUCUUUAGAGCUGGUCAGUGGAGUCAGCAGGCAAUAAUUCAUCAUGGUCUCCAACAUGGAAGUCAGAUACCAUGUAUUCAGAUGGCAUUGCAGGCACAUUAUGAUGUAAUUGUGCUAAAUCCCAAUGACAAUUCUGUGGACCUAAAGACAGAAAAAGAGUGGAAGGGCCUUUUAACACCAAAUGUUGAGUCCUCUUCCAGAGAAAUGGUUCAGGCUGAGAGCUUUUUCUCUCUCCAGCAGUCUCUCCAAUGCCUUCCAAAAAGAUGCAGUAACUCCCCUGAAGAACACAUGGCUUACAUUUGGGAUUACUUCAUUUCAAAGACUGAAGGCAAGGAUGUUGCCUUCAUUGUACAUGGUUAUGGAGGCUUGGUUUUUAUGGACUUGCUCGUACGUAGAAAGUGGGAAGUGAUGAGCAAAGUAUAUGCUGUUGCACUUAUUGACUCUGAACAUCACAUAGGACACCAACUGGGGAAUGACAUCCAGUUAUUAGCAUGGAUCAAGUACCACUGCUGUGAAUGGGUGACAAGUCCGAAGACUCUGGAUAAACCUGUAGCUACCAUUUUGAAAAAGGAGUUUCCUAUGGUUUCUGCUGGUACAGAAGAACACAACUUAGCCCCUUCCUUUAGCCUUCAGUCAAUUUUUAAAUACUUUAGAAAAGCUUUAAGAGCCAAAAAAGCUGUUAAUUUAUCUCGAAUGCCAAUAGUAACUAGAAGCUCCACAAAAAGAAAGCAAAGUGCUUAACUUACUUUUUUGUCAUCUAAGAUUUUUUUUGUCCCGUGGAGAAACUUUGCUAAUGUAGAAGAAAAAGAACACUUCCAGCUCAUAUGCAAUAUUAUGUUCUUGUUUGAAAUUUGAUUUGUUACUUUUUAAAAACAUGAAUAUGUUCUCUUUUGUAGCCUAUGAACCAGGAAGUCACUCAAUACCAUCAUUAAUAUUUUACACGUUAAGAGUAGUAAAGUUAGAGAAUCUUCUAUUGAAAAGAUUUCUUACGGUUUAAUAGAAUGACACCAAAACUGUACUUGAUAGGAAUUACAUAUUAAGUCAAUAUUUGAUUUACAUUAUUGAUACCAUAUUAAAAUAAGUGAACAUAAAAAUUAAACAUUAGCAAACUCCAUUUCUUUAUUUUUUUUUAAGUUUGGUCUUGUGUGUGUGUGUUUACUCAUACCUUCACAUAAUACUUGAGUAUCUACUAUGUACAGUCAAUACUAGAUUUUGGGAACACUGGCAGACAAGGCCAACAUUGCCUUUAUCUUUAUGGAGUUCACAAUUAACAACAAGUUGCAAGCACUGAAGAGUGUUAGGGAAAAAGGGUUGUGGACAUUCUAGCAUGAAAGCUAACAGUCUUGGGGGUUAGGGAAAAGGCUCAAGAAAAUGAUGCUUAGUUUGAAAAAUAGCAGUUAGCUGGGAAAACAAAGUCAUUGGCAAAGGAAUCACAUGUGCAAAUAUCCUGAGACAGGAGAAGGAAGUCCUAUUCAGCAGGAGCUAAAAGAUUAUGGGGGAGUAGUGUUAAAGAAAAAAAUUAUUCAUGACAUUUAUUAAAGACAGUAAGGAAGAUGUAUUCAAAAGGGGUUGGUGCAAUUGGGGUUUUGUAGGGGAGAUAGAUCAGGCUUACCUUCAAACACAGACAAGUUGGGGUGGAGAGAGAUUUAUAUCCAAGGGUUAGUGAAUGGAAAAUUACUAAAAUAUAGGUAAUAGAGAUUCUUGCUAGACCAACUUAACAGGAUUCUUACUGAAGGCAGGUCAGGGAGGUAAGGUAUUGAGAGUGGAGGAUGAAGAAUUUUAUCAGUUAUAACAGAGGAUGUUCAGGUAGCAAAAGUGGGAGGUUUUCACUGACUCAGCAGAAUUCUUGCUAAAACUGGAUUAAGCAGACCAAGGGCAGAACCCAAUGUCAAACCUACUCAAGAGGGCUCAGAGAAGCCAGACUUAGAUUUGGUUAAAGAGAGGGGUUUUGUCAGAAGCUGCAAAGUUAAGACAGAGAAGUAAACAGAGGCAGUUUACUCACUAGUAGUUUGUAUCCCAUGCCCCUAAAUCGUCCCUCCCCCUUCCUCUCCCCUUUGGUAACUGUAAGUUUGUUUCCUAUAUCUGUG